AUGGCGUCCACAACCGUCCUCAUCACUCUCCUCAUCAUCAGCUGGUUCCUCAUCACCCUCCUUGUCCUCCUCUUCAUCUUCACUGUCUUCUUGCUUAAGGAGACCUACACCAUCAGGUUCCACCUCGACCACAACCCCACCCCUGUCUCUACAACCCCAAACUCACUCCCACCCCCUUUACUGACCUACUCAGUGGUGAACCAAGUUGCUCUCCCCACUGCCAUCACCCUUGCCAUUGUCCAUGACCAUCCCCACCUCCUUCGCCUUGCCCUUCUGGGCUUCUUCCUAACCACCCUCCUCUCCGUCCUCGCCCUCGCCCUCAUUGUCCCCCUCACCCUUGGUCUCACAAUCCGGCACCUCAAACGGGAACACCAGUGGGUGUACAACAUUGCUGCAACAGCCCAGUGCCCCCUCCCCCAUACCACCACCCCUCUCCCCGUCAUAGCUGCCAACUGCAACAGCAACAACCCAACACAGGAUGUCGGUCCCCUGGAGCGUGUGCUACCUCACUUUCCUGGAGCCUAUGUGCACUCUGUCAUACAACCUCCUAUGGGUGUUCCCAUUAAUGGCAAUCCAGUGUUCGGACUAUGGAGAGUAUCAGUAACUACAGCUGAUGCACUUCAUACUGCUGAGCCGGUGGGGAACUGGAAUUCUUUGGAUCUGGACUGGGAGGAGGAUACUUGGGAGUAUCUGCUGACGCGGGAUGACAACUUGUUGGAGAGUCUCUGGGCAUCCUUACAAGAUAUUCAGGAUCCAGGCAUGAUCAAUGAAGUCAAUUGUUUCAGGGCCAUUGAUGCCAAAAUCAACCUAUUCCUUGCUGCAUGA